UUGUUUUCAUAUCAAUCUGAACCUCUCUCAACAUAUCGUCCACCUGUCUCACGCUUAUUAUCCUUUGCAAUACCAAAAGCAUUCGAUUCGCCAUCUCAUCUAUUCAAACUACCACCACAAACUACACAAUGUGCGGCGAAACCAACCGACCAGUCCUCGGCGGCACAAUCGCAAUCCUCAAAUCUCUCGGCGAAUCCACACUCCCAGAUCUCUCUCUUCUCUUCCAUCAAGACUCAACCUCUACCACACGAGCAACAUUCCAAUCUUCUUUGCCAGCGGUAUCAGAUUUAGACAGUUGUCAGAUUGUGAUAUUCAAAGAUGGAGAUCUACGAGCAGAAGCACCCGCGACAUCGAUAUUACAUGCAUUCCCAUUGAAGAUGACUACGAGAGAGCAAUCGUUUAGUUUGCCGAGGAAGUUGGAUUUGGGGGUUGGUGGGGAAGGUGUGAUUGGGAGAAGAGUUGGGUUGGUGAGGCAAGCACAAGUGCUGAGGCAGGGCAUUAUUGGAUACAAUUGAUGAAGAUUGAGGAAGGAAGAUUGAGGAAUUGAUGAUGAUGUUCCGAUGGCGUUUAUGGUGGGAUUUUUGCGGAAUACUGAAUUACGGUCAGGGUCGGAAGUUCGGUGAGCGG